AGGAAGUCGAUACGUUGCUAAGAAGUCUUGCUAAUUUGCUAUAUAAGCUGAAUGGAGUGUCAGAGAAUUUUCCUUUCCCCUGAUGAACUUAGGAGAUGGAUGUUUUGACCUGUAUCAGUGAUUCUAUUUGGAUCGAUUACUUCGAGGUUAGUUUUUUAUCCUUGUAUGAAUGUUGCACCUAAUUAUCCCUGUAAUCGGUUAAACAAAUGUCAGCUGUUCGUAUUUCAACUCUUCCUGCCAAUAACUGCUGGAAGUGAUUUAAUGCAGCUGGAAAACAACACUGACAAUCAUUAUAGCCUGCAAAGUGUGAAAUCAUUUCAUUGCACUAUUGUGGUCUCCUUAGUCUGAGGACUGAUCACGUUCUGCCGAUGACACUUAAAAAAAAAAAAAGCCGGUUUUAUUAUAAUUAGGGAAAUACUGGGAAAAAGGGGGGGAGCCCAGGGGCAGCUCGGUGUUGUUUAUCUGGUGAACUCUUCUCAGUCAAGAGCUUGUUUUUACAAGAAGGCUCUUUCAGCGUUGAAGGGAAAUCCUGUCAUCUGAAAAAGAGGGCUGUGCUUCAUUCAAGAUUGUUUCCCCCUUCUGAUAAAAACACUUGCUGAUUACACCCCAGAUGCGGCUCCUUUGGGGGAAAACGAAGUAAGAGGAGAAAAACGCUGGGUGGAGCCAAGGCGUCGGCAGCAAGGCUUCCAAACUCCCGGGGCCUCUUCUCUUUUCGCUCGCCUGUGUGGCUCCGGGGUCCGCUUCGAAGGCGCGAUGCCCUCGCCGCUUCCCCGGCGCGGUUACCUCCCCGGCGAGUUUUCGCCCCCGGUGGACUCGAGGCCCUGCAGCAGCCCUGCUGAGCUGCCAGGUAGGGCAGGGAAGCUCCUCGGGGGUGGCACUCCUCCCAGGGCCCCGCGGCUACCGCGCCGGCUGGCCUGGUGCUCCAUUGACUGGGAGCAGGUGUGCUUCCUGCAGAGGCUGGGAGCUGGCGGGUUUGGCUCGGUGUACAAGGCCACCUACCACGGUGUUCCGGUGGCCAUAAAGCAAGUGAACAGGUGCACCAAGAACCGACUGGCGUCCCAGCGCAGCUUCUGGGCCGAGCUCAACAUCGCCAGGCUUCGCCACGACAACAUCGUGCGGGUGGUGGCCGCCAGCACGCGCACGCCCGCAGGCUUUAACAGCCUGGGCACCAUAAUCAUGGAGUUCGGUGGCGAUGUCACCUUACACCAAGUCAUAUACGGUGCCCCCAGCUGCCCUGAGGAGGACGCGGAGCCUCGCUGCUGUGCCGGAGAGCAAUUCAAUUUGGGAAAGUGUCUGAAGUAUUCCCUAGAUGUCGUGAACGGCCUGCUUUUCCUUCACUCGCAAAGCAUCGUACACUUGGACCUGAAGCCUGCGAACAUUCUGAUCAGUGAGCAGGACGUCUGCAAAAUCGGCGACUUCGGUUGCUCCGAGAAGCUGGGAGAUCUGCCGUGCUGCCGCACUCCCCCUUACCCCCCGGGGGGCACCUACACCCACCGAGCCCCAGAGCUCCUGAAAGGAGAGGCCGUAACGCCCAAAGCUGACAUCUAUUCCUUUGCCAUCACUCUCUGGCAAAUGAGUACCAAGGAGGCCCCGUACUCAGGGGAGCGGCAGCACGUGCUCUACGCUGUGGUGGCCUACGAUCUUCGCCCGUCUCUGUCAGCAGCUGUCUUCACGGACUCCGUGUCUGGGGAAAGACUGGGGAAGAUCAUCCGGUGCUGCUGGAGGGGCAGUGCCUUGCAGCGGCCAAGUGCAGAACUCCUCCUGGUCGACCUUAACUCCUUAAGAGCUGAAUUUGGCUGACUCUAAACCUGUAUCAAGAUAGGCUUUGUCCUUGUUUCUGCUCGUUUUUAAAGAAGUGACCAUGUAGAAAAAAAAAAC